CAAUACCGGUUUUUUUUUAUAUAAGCUUAAGUCAUGUCAUUUGAAGAAGUCAUUGCACAACCCCAGAAAUAUGUCGGGUUCGACACAAUCACCACCCAGAUUGAAAAUCGUUUAUUGAAAAGAGGAUUUCAAUUUAAUGUGAUGUGUGUUGGUAAAAGUGGAUUAGGUAAGAGUACAUUGGUAAAUACAUUAUUUUCAAGUUCAUUAACCAAAUCAAAUGGACGUCAUUCAGCGGCCGAACCUAUUGAAAAAACCACUGAAAUCAAGGUAUCACUGCAUGUAUUGAUGGAAAAUAAUGUUCGUUUAAAUAUUAAUGUAAUUGACACGCCAGGAUUUGGAGAUCAAAUUAAUAAUGAGAAAUGUUGGGAACCUCUUGUUAAAUAUAUUAAAGAACAACAUUCUCAAUAUCUUCGUAAGGAAUUGACUGCUCAAAGAGAAAGAUUUAUUGUUGAUUCUAGAGUCCAUUGUAUUUUAUAUUUCCUUUCUCCACAUGUUAAAGAAUUAGGAGAAUUAGAUAUAAUUUGUUUGAAAAAAUUAUCAGAAAUUGCCAAUGUUGUACCAAUUAUUGCUAAAUCUGAUUCUUUAACAUUAGAUGAAAGAAAUGAAUUAAAGAAAAAUUAUCAAAAUUCAUUUUUAAAACAUAAUUUCAAUAUUUAUCCAUAUGAUAAUGAAGAUUUAUAUGAUGAUGAAAGACAAUUAAAUGAAGAUAUUAAAUCUUUAAUACCAUUUGCAGUGGUUGGAUCUGAAAAGGAAAUUGUUAUCAAUGGAGAAGCAGUUAGAGGUAGAAAAACAAGAUGGGGUGCUAUUAAUGUAGAAGAUGUAUCUCAAUGUGAAUUUGUAUUUUUAAGAGAUUUCUUAACUAGAACUCAUUUACAAGAUUUAAUUGAAACAACUUCAUUAAUUCAUUAUGAAAGUUUUAGAUCUAAGCAAUUGAUUGCAUUGAAGGAAAAUGCUAGUAAUCCAAACAGACUGUCAAAUGCAGUACCAUCCAGUGGAAAUGGAGCUCCUUCAACUCUACCAGAAAAGUCACAAUCUAAUGGAGCUAUUCACCUGAAGGCUUAAGGGAAUUUGGAAA